CCGACAUGGAGCCGCUGGAGGCCAACGGCAGCUGCAGCAACGGGUCUCUGGUUACCCUUUCCUGCCUUUCUCGACGGGUUGUAUGCCGGGUGGUCAGCGAUACUGACCUAGCUGACUCUGGUCAGGACAAYGGGACCUCAAAUGUCUCCUGGGUCACUCAGCUGGAAAGCAAUUAUGGAUUCUACAUUGGCUUGGGCUUGGCUGUCUUCUCCAGCCUCCUCAUCGGAAGCAGCGUCAUCCUGAAGAAGAAGGGAUUGCUACGGCUGGUGGAGAAGGGAGGCACCAGAGCAGGAGACGGUGGUCACGGCUACCUGAAGGACUGGCUCUGGUGGGCUGGAUUGCUAACCAUGGGUGGAGGGGAGGCUGCCAACUUUGCCGCCUAUGCCUUUGCUCCUGCGACCAUCGUCACGCCGCUGGGGGCCCUGAGCGUGCUCAUAAGUGCCAUCCAGUCUUCCUAUUUACUUGGAGAACGGCUAAACCUUCUGGGAAAGCUGGGCUGCAUGUUGAGCAUAGUGGGCAGCACAGUGAUGGUGAUACAUGCCCCAGAGGACGAGGAAGUCACAACUCUGGAUGAAAUGACUUUGAAGCUGCGAGAGCCAGGUUUCCUUGCUUACGCUGCGAUCCUCUUGGCUGUUUGCCUCCUUCUGAUCGUCUACCUCGCACCUCGCUAUGGCCAGAGGAACAUCCUCGUCUACCUCACUAUCUGUUCCGUUAUUGGGGCCUUCUCCGUGUCAUCUGUCAAAGGCCUGGGUAUUGCCAUCAAGGGCUUCUUUGCUGGCCAGCCUGUGCUGCAGCACCCAUUGACUUGGAUCCUGGUCAUCACACUGGUGGCAUCCAUCACUACGCAAAUAAACUACCUCAAUAAGUCUCUAGACAUUUUCAACACUUCUUUGGUGUUUCCCAUCUACUAUGUGCUGUUCACCACCAUUGUCAUCACAACAUCUAUUAUUCUCUUCAAGGAAUGGGUCACUAUGACUGUCGUGGACAUUAUUGGGACAGUUUGUGGCUUCCUCACCAUAAUUCUGGGAGUUUUUCUGCUCCAUGCCUUCAAAGAUAUGGAUGUCAGUUUAGGAAACUUGCCACAGGUCCUCCAGAGUGAAGAGCAGGCCCCAGUCACCCAAGAUGACAAGAACAUCCUGAUAGAUGCAGACAAUGGCAGUAUUGUUCCAGAGGAUAAACCCAAAGUCUUUAUGAUCUACAGCUAAUGUAUUAUAUGCAAAUAUCUGGAGACUGAAGAUCUGGGUGAAAAAUACCCUGAAUGGGUUGAUAUUAAUAUUCAAUAUGCUAUUGAGCAAUUUAAAAAGGAAAUGCAGAAAAUAAAAACCACGGUAUAAUAUCCAAAACCUGGGAGAGUCAAGCGAAGUCUUUCACUUGGCCUUGGAUUGAUCAUUGCAAUGGUGUGUCAGCAAGGGUUAUGUUUAAGUGUCACUGGACUUCAUCCACUGGGCUGCAGGAAAUGAAAAUCCUCUUGAAAUACAAUUCUCCUGGGACAACUCCUCUCAGAGGCCCAGUCUGAUCUCUGUCUGUUGGCAGGUUCAGUGUUUAUUCUGACCUUCUUUCCCCAUGGCAGACAUGUUGAUGUGCUUAUUUCCAGGCCAUGACUGAUACAUUGAUUAAUGUUUGGAUUUUUUUUAAAUUGUUUUCUAGACACUUGUACAGAAAGGCAAGGACUGAAUGGUGUACUCUUGCUAUGUAAAUUCUGCUUGUACAAUUAUCUUUAAUUACCUAUUAGGGAAUGUGGUGAAUUUUGGAAUAGAAGCCCUCUAUAGCCAAGCAGCAAGAGCCAAGUCAUGAGUCCUGUGGCAGAGAAAUCGAUUUAAGCUUUUGUGAUGUGCAGGACUUUCCCUGCAGCAGAGUUAAUUGGUUUAAAGAGAGAUUUUUGUUUUCUUUUGUGAUUUUUGAAGUUUUUCCAUAGCAGCUAUACUGCCGGGGCUGUAUUGAUGGUUUCGGUGAAGUUGCAGGGCCUGAUCCAGACCAUGUGUUGUGCCUUGUUUGUAGACGUGUCCUUCCAGGAGGAAGUUGCAAACUCUUAAUAACACUUCAGGACUACUUCAGGGAGGAAUUUGGAAAGGGAAAUAAAGGCUGGUUCAAAAAAAAAUAUUCAAGGUGCAUCUGAAAGUUUUGAAUUAUUUUUCUGGUGUCAAUGGGGAUAAACUGCAGGAAACCUGAGCGCUGCUAAAGAGCGUUGUGGCCAUAAAAUAAAACAGCUGCGCCCUCCUUUGGUAGUAGAAAAUACUCCAAGUAAUUUUCUGUAAUUUGGUUUUGGAAUCAUAAUAGGUUGUUUGCUUUAUGUGUUAUUUUGGAAAAAGAGCAAAUGGGACUCAGCCUUUCCGUGGCCCAGAGCUACAUGCAGAAAGGCCAUUCCACCAUGAACCUGUCAGCUCCAGGAUAUAAUGAUACCACACAGUGACAGCACACUGAUUAAUGUCAAGUGAUAAAUUUAUUAGGAAGUAGGCAAAAGGCACAAUGAAUUGCAUUCUUCAAGUAUUUGCAUAGAUGCACAGAGAGCAUUAUUGUAAACCAUUAACACAUGGAUGUAAGAAAAGUGAGAUGUAUUUUUAUACGUGUUCUCCCAAGUAAUGUCUUU